UGUUAAUCAGAAGCGAUCAGAAGAGGUCCUGGAAAACUGAAUAAGCUGGUUUUCAGCAUGAGCGAUACGAAGUUUGUUUUCUUGGUCCUGCUGAUUUCCAGCGUGACAGUUUAUGGAACGCUUGCUGGAGCAAUCGGAGAGAAGCGUAGAGAAAAGAGGUCGUUUGUAAAACCUGAUUGUAAGGAAGUGGUUUUACAACGCAACCCCGUGUGUGAAAAGAAAGGUUGUGACGAAUAUGGCAACCCACAGAAGUAUAUGUACGAAUGUCCCGAAAUUCCAGUGAUUUGUCCGAAGGUAGUGGUUGAUGAGAUGGCGGACUGCUGCCCAAAAAAGUGCGUUUGUAGUCCCAGCGGUGAUUCGGAUAUUCUGUAUAAACCUGGAGAGAGAUUCACCGCUGUAAAAUAUGGAAAAAAUCUGGAUUGCGAAUGUGAUCCCAACGGAAUACCAAGAUGUGUAGGACGGAUACAAAUCAUCACUAUUCCACCAAAAGCGCCACCCAGACCUCCUCCAAUCCUUCCUACCGGAUUUUCUUCAGAAAGGGAUUGGCCAUGGGUCUAGGAAUAAAAUGAGAGCUUAAAGGCGUCAGCUUGGUUUCCGAGAUCAUCGUUAAUAAUUAUAGAUACCAUGCCAGUAUUGAUCAUUACAAGUGUUCGAAUGCAAUCAAACUGAACUAAUUUGUCGUCUAAUGAAUAAAUGUCGAUAUAUACGGUAUGGA